AUGAUCUCCAGUCCAGCUGCGUCUAGAAAACCAACUAUUCUAACUCUUCCACAAGAGCUCCGGGACAUUAUCAUAGAAUACAGCUUCCUAGAACGGGAUCCAGUCAGCAUUGAACUACCAAAUUACCCCACCCCGUCCCCGCCGCGGGAAAAGCGGUUUGAGGGAACCAAGUAUGCGUCCCACGGACAGCGUUUACUGCACUAUCCACUUUUGCUGGUCAACCACCAGUUUCGAUCUGAAGGUUGGGAAGUGUUAAACAAACUCGCUGCAUCCAGAUAUGAGGCGGACAUUGUGUUCUUCCAGAGACAGCGCCUGAUUCUCUUCAUGCCAACCCAAAAGUUUCCCACCCGAUUCAAGCAUGCACGCGCCAAGUUUUAUGUUCUGAAAGACGACGGGACGCGCCCCAUUGAGUCCUGGUACUUUAAAUACCGCUCAGUAAGCGGAGGCGCCCUACGGGAUUGCUGGGACUUGUACAGGGUUCUACAGCGUUUCCUCCAAUGCGGGCCUCCUAACGCAACACAUGCGCCUGCAGACGCGCAUAUUCUGAUUGAGACGCUCGAGUUGGAUGUCCGCACUCGAACCGGUAUCCCGGAGAACCUGCUUGGUCCGCCGAAUAUCACUACCGAAGACCGCAGGUUUGUGAUACCCAGGACGCAACGCCCGAGGUCAACCGAGAUUGGUAGACUACUUGACCUGAUAAAGGAGACGGGAGUCGACUAUAAGAUGCAUCCAGACUAUCUGGUUUGUGUACUUCAUGAGCUCUUGCAAUUGCUUCUCUUCUAUCAUGAUGGCAGGAUGAUCUACGAGCGCGUGGGAGUCCUCAGGCUGUUGCUGGAUGGAGGCAGAGUGCAUGAAUGGAACCUUGAUGAGUGCCUCAAAGGAAUGUACUGUAAGGAAGAGGAACACGCCAAAUGGAGAAGGUUUGCACUUGCACAUAGGUCGCAGAUAGGGUUCCGGCAUCUAACUACUCGUCACGAAGAAGCCUUGGUCUGA